GACUAAACCCCCUAAACCAACGGCAUUCAACGAGGGAUUCGGCAGCUUCAAAUGUUAAAGAAAUACCCUUCAAUCAGCUCGUAAAUUACAAUUAUACCGAUCCCCCGUCCAAGUAUUUCAUUUGCACUGUCUCUCACCCUCGCUCGCUCGCUCGCUCGCUCGCUGACGCUAAGAGUGGCGUUAGAACUUAGAAUGGCUUCAUCUUCAAGAAACAAAUCGAACGUUCAAGAUUCUCAUGCGUUUCAGAGAUCGUUGCCGUCGAGGUGCCCAUCCUCCUCGGCAUUCGCUUCCUCGAGCUCGACCUUCGCCUCCCGAUCUUCGACCAUCUUCACGCGAUCCCCCAAGCCCGCCGACAUGUACGGACGCCGCUACUCCUUUGCCUCGUCGUCUUGUUCCGUACGUUUUUCCAUCGAGCAGCCAACCUCUCCGGGACGUUCUUUGAUCUUUAUGAGGAAGCAAGCCAACACUGCGGUGUCGUUCAGCAAGAAGAACGCGUGCGCCUGUUCUCCUACGACGCACCCCGGCUCUUUUCGAUGCUCUAUGCACAAGGCUUCUGCUGCAAAUGGCGUCAAGCAUGGCCAUCAACAGAGAACGGAGUCGCAUCGACUGAUUCUUCGGAGGUCGGCGAUGAAGAAUUCACUGGUGAGGUUCGGAGGAGUACUGGAGGGUGGCGACUUGAUCAUGAGGAGAGCCUUGUCGGCUCUGAUUAGGCCCUCAUCGCACCAGCAGCGGCGUAGAGCCGUGUUUAAGCCUAUGCCGAGUCUUCUCUCGGUAAUGUCCAAAGCCGAUGACUCUUGAAUUCACUCGGGAGCGGUUUAAUUUGUUUUUCGGGUUUGGGAAGUGGCGGCUGGGUAGGAUAUAUCGGUGAUGAACUUUCUAUAAAGAAUUGCGAGUAGGUACAUACGUAGUUGGUGCCAUGAAAAUCUUGCCAGAAAAGUUUUUUAAAGAAAGGCAAAAAUUAGUCUGGUAUU